CCGGGCAAGGAGCGGGGGAGCCCGGGCAAGGAGCGGGGGGAGCCCGGGCAUGGGGUCCCUCCUCGCCCCCCUCAGCUGCCUCCUCGGCUUCCAGCUGCUGCUCAGCGCUGCGCACCCAGACUCCAAAGUUUUCCUCAUCUACAACACGGGUGCUCAGGGCUGCCUGGAGACCAAGGACUCCCUGGUGAGGUUAUCCAAGGUCUGCAAUUCCAGCAUUCCAGCCCAACAGUGGAAAUGGGUCUCUCGGAACCGGCUCUUCAACGUGGGGGCCAUGCAGUGCUUGGGGGUGUCUUGGCACGGGGCCAAUGGCACGGGGGGGACACAUCCCUUGGCCACCUACGAGUGUGACCGUGAAUCCAUCAACAUGCGCUGGAGCUGCCGGGGGCUGGGGGAGCAGCUUUCCCAACAUUUGGGUGCCCAGCCAGGGAAUUCCACCUUGGAAAGAGGGGAUCAGGCACGAGGAUCCCAGUGGAGAACCUAUGGCACCGAGGAGGACCUCUGCUCCGUGCCCUACUCUGAGAUUUACACCAUCCAGGGCAAUUCCCACGGGAAGCCCUGCACCAUCCCCUUCAAGUAUGACAACCAGUGGUUCCACGAGUGCACCAGCACGGGGCGGGAGGAUGGUCACCUCUGGUGUGCCACCACCCAGGACUAUGGCAAGGAUGAGAGAUGGGGGUUCUGCCCCAUAAAGAGCAAUGACUGUGAGACCUUCUGGGACAAGGACCACCUCACCAACAGCUGCUACCAGUUCAACUUCCAGUCCACACUCUCCUGGAGGGAGGCCUGGAAUAGUUGUGAGCAGCAAGGAGCCAACCUGCUCAGCAUCACCGAGAUCCACGAGCAGACCUACAUCAAUGGGUUGCUGACUGGGUACAGCUCCACUCUCUGGAUUGGGCUCAACGACCUGGACAUCAAUGGAGGAUGGCAGUGGUCAGACAACUCCCCCCUCAAGUACCUCAACUGGGAGAGUGACCAACCAGACAACCCCAGUGAGGAGAACUGUGGGGUGAUCAGGACAGAAUCUUCAGGGGGGUGGCAGAACCGGGACUGUGGCAUCGCCCUGCCCUAUGUCUGCAAGAAGAAACCCAAUGCCACCACUGACCCCUUCCUGACAGACUCGUGGGCAGAGGUGAAGGUGGAUUGUGAGCCCAGCUGGCAGCCCUUCCAGUCCAACUGCUACCGCCUGGUGGGAGAGAAGAAGAGUUGGCAGGAGGCAAAAAAAACCUGUCUGAGGAGUGGGGGGGACCUGGUCAGCAUCCACACCCUCUCCGAGCUGGAAUUUGUCACCAAACAGAUCAAACAAGAUGUGGAAGAGCUCUGGAUUGGCCUGAAUGACCUCAAGCUGCAAAUGAAUUUUGAGUGGUCGGAUGGGACACCUGUGAGGUUCACCUACUGGCAUCCCUUUGAGCCCAACAAUUUCCGUGACAGCCUGGAGGAUUGUGUGACCAUCUGGGGACCGGAAGGGAGGUGGAAUGACAGCCCCUGCAACCAGACCCUGCCAUCCAUCUGCAAAAAACCUGGUAGGGUGAGCCAGGAGAAGGAGGAGGAUGACCAUGGGUGCAGAAAGGGCUGGAAGUGGCACAGCCCUUCCUGCUUCUGGCUGGGUGAGGAUCGUGUCACCUACGGUGAUGCUCGCAAGACCUGUUCUGACUACAGCUCCACGUUGGUCACCAUCACCAACAGGUUCGAGCAGGCCUAUGUCAGCAGCCUCAUCUAUGGCUGGGAUGGGGAAUAUUUUUGGACAGCACUUCAGGACAUCAACAGGACGGGGGCUUUCCACUGGCUGAGUGGUGAUGAGGUCAUGUACACCCACUGGAACCGUGACCAGCCUGGUUACAACAAAGGUGGCUGCGUGGCCCUGGCCACUGGCAGCUCCGUGGGGCUGUGGGAGGUGAAGAACUGCAGCACCUUCAAGGCCAAGUACAUCUGCAGGCAGAACCUGGGAACCCCCGUCAACCCCGAGCUGCCCGGUCCCUACCCCACCCCCAGCCUCUCUGCCACUUGUCCCCUGGGAUGGAGCUCUGACUCCAAGCUCCGUCACUGCUACAAGGUGUUCAACUUUGAGAAAGUGCAGGAGAAGAAGACCUGGAUUGCAGCCCAGGGGUUUUGCCGGGAGCUGGGGGCUCAGCUGCUCAGCCUGGGCAGCUAUGAGGAGGAGCAUUUUGUCGCCAACACCCUCAACAAGAUUUUUGGGGAGUUGGAGCCAGAACUCCACGAGCAGCACUGGUUCUGGAUCGGCCUGAACCGACGGGACCCGGCGGGGGACAGGAGCUGGAAGUGGAGUGAUGGGCUGGGGGUGAUUUUCUACCACAACUUUGACCGCAGUAACUACGAUGACGAUGACAUCCGGACCUGUGCCGUGCUGGACCUUGCCUCCCUGCAGUGGAUGCCCAUGCAGUGUGAAGCCCAACUGGACUGGAUCUGCAAACUGCCCAAAGGUGCUGAUGUGAAGGAACCAGAGAUCCCAGCUGAAGGCAGCAAAGAAUGGGUGAAGUACCAGGAGGCUGAGUACAGGUUCUCUGAGGACCACUUGACCUGGGUCCAGGCUCAGCGCAUCUGUGGUUGGGUCCAGGCAGAGCUGGUGUCAGUGCACAGCGAGGCUGAGCUGCACUUCUUGGGCCAGAACCUGAAAAAGUUCUCCAGGGGACAGGAGCAGCACUGGUGGAUCGGGCUGCACACCCAGGAGAACGAUGGGAGGUUCAAGUGGUCUGAUGGAUCCCUCCUCAACUUCAUCUCCUGGGCACCGGGCAAGCCCAGGCCCAUCAACAAGGACAAGAAGUGUGUGUACAUGACAGCCAGCAGAGAGGACUGGGGGGACCAGAAGUGCCUGACAGCCCUGCCAUACAUCUGCAAGAGGAGCAAUGGGACCACCCCAAAGCCUUCCCCACCACCACUGCCCCCACCGACAAGUGGGGGCUGUCCCCCGGGCUGGGUCCCCUUCCUCAGUAAGUGUUUCAGCUUCAAUGGCCAUGACAAAGCUGAGAUGGUGAAGUGGCCCGAGGCACAACAGGCGUGUGAGAGCCAGGGGGCUGUCCUGGCCACCAUCGCCAGCCCCCUGGAGCAGGCUUUCAUCACCUCCAUGCUUCCCAACAUCUCCUUCGACCUCUGGAUCGGGCUCCGCCAAUCCCAGCGGGAAUUCCGGUGGGUGUCGGGGGAGCCUCUGCAGCACCUGAGCUGGGCACCUGGGGAGCCCUCGGGAGGGGGCACCCCGGGACCCCCUGACAAGCUGACCAACUGUGUGGUGGUGUGGCAUGGCUCCCCUCCCCACUUCACGGGGCGCUGGGACGACCGGAGCUGCCUGGAGGAGAAGCACGGCUACAUCUGCCAGCAGAGCAUGGACCCAUCCCUGAGCCCAGCACGGACCCUGUACCCCCCCUCUCCCACUGGCACCCUCUUUUACCACAACAGCACCUACCGCAUCCUGCAGAAACCCCUCCGGUGGCACGAGGCACUCCUGCUCUGUGAGACCCUUAAUGCCACCUUGGUCACCAUCCUGGAUCCCUACAGCCAAGCAUUCCUCACCCAGGCCAUCAGCAGCCUGAGGGCUCCACUCUGGAUUGGGUUGGCCAACAACCAGGGAGGUCGGAGCUACUCGUGGCUGACAGAAGAGAACCUCUUGUACAGCAGCUGGCAGGAUGGGGAGCCCCAGCAGGUCCCUGGCUGCUCCUACAUGGAUGUGGAUGGGAGCUGGCGCACAGCCAGCUGUGACACCAAGCUGCAGGGGGGCAUCUGCCAGCUCCGAGCAGAUGCCCCCCCCAUGCACAAGUGGAGCUACAGUGGGAGCUGCCCCAAAUCACUGGAGGACUCCUCCUGGAUCCCAUUCCGGGAUCAUUGCUACACCUUCCACAUGGAGGUCACCCUGGGGCAGAAGGAUGCCAUGAGGAGGUGCCAGAAAGUUGGUGGCUCAGUGUUGUCCAUCCAGGAUGAGAUGGAGAAUGUCUUUGUGUGGGAGCACCUCCAGGCGUACGAGGGCACUUCCAAAGGGGCCUGGCUGGGCAUGACCUUCAACCCCAAAGGUGGCACCUUGGUUUGGCAUGACCACACUGCUGUCAACUACUCCAACUGGGGCCAGCACGACACAGGGCCCAGCAUGCUCAGCCAGAACAGUUGCUACUGGAUCCAGAGCAGCAAUGGCCUGUGGCACCUGGGUUCCUGCACCAAUGUCACCAUGGGGGUCAUCUGCAAGAUCCCCCGAGUGGAGCAGAGCAGCUUCUCCAGGGCAGCCCUGCCAGAGAACACGACAGCCAUCGCCGUGGUGGUGGUGUCCGCGCUGGCUCUGAGCGCUGUCCUGGGGGUCUCCGUCUGUCUCUACAAGCGGCGGCGGAACGCGGAGCGCGGAGCCUUCGAAAGCGCCCGCUACAGCCGCACCACUUCCAACCCCAGCGAAUCCGCCGAGAAAAACAUCCUGGUGUCCGACAUGGAAAUGAACGAGCAGCAAGACUAA